CAUCGAUACCAAUUGGUAAAUUCCUCAUUGCUUACUGCCUUCUCGGACGAUUGUGAGCGAAGCACGCCAAUCUUGAAUACGACUGAAUCGGAAAAGGGGGGAAAUAAUAAGAGCAAUACGAACACGACACGAAACGACACGACAAAAUGGUCGACCCCGACAAUCUUCGUACAGCGUCGCUGUACAUCAACAACCAGUUGAUGUCACGCGGCUUGCUGCGUGAUGGCCACAACAUCAACUUCGCGGACCCGGAAUCUAGUGAGGGAGGACUGCAAGCCACCAUGGGGAAGGUCAUGAGCGUCAUCAACGACCUCAUCCUACGACGCGACCGCGACGCAGAAAACCGCGAGUCCCUCUCAACGACCCUGCGCACGCUGCGCGCGGACUCGCAGCGGCAGACGACGGAGCUCGCGCGGCAGGCGGACCGGAUGGCGGAGCUGCAGCGCAAGCUCGACGGCGCGGAGGCGGCGGAGCGCGCGCUGCGCGCCCAGCUCAGGGCCGCGGAGCAAGCGGCGCACAAGCUGCGGGACGAGGCGGCCAAGAGCAAGACGCUGCUCGUCCAGGCUCGCGCGUCCUGCGCGACGGAGGUGCGCAAGCGCGACCGCCAGAUCGACGGCCUGAAGAAGGCGGUCGCCGACGCGAGCCGCGUGCGUGGUGGUAGCAGGAGCCGCGACGUGCUGAGCAUCAGCGUCACGGGCGAGGUCGGCGGCGAGGAGAAGGGCGGCGGGUUGCCCGCGGGCGCGACCGAGGCCGAGGGGUACAGUCUGCGGUUGGAGACGAAUUCGUUCCUGACGGAGUUGGCGAGGGGGCUGAGCGAGGAGAACGAGGGCUUGCUGGCGCUGGUCCGGAGGACGGUCGACGGGCUCAGGGAUAUGAGCGGCCUUGAGCGUGCGGCGAAUGGCGCGGAGGCGGGCUCCGGACGCAAGUCGGAUGUUGGCGGUGCGGAUGUGCUGGUCCUGGCGCCGCAGAAGAGCGCGGAGGAGCUGGCGAGCGAGUUGGAGGGGAUCUUGGACCAUCUUAGGACGAUACUUACGAACCCCUCCUUCGUGCCCAUCGAGGAGGUCGAGGUCCGCGAGGAGGCCAUCACCCGCUUGCGCGCUGGCCUCGAGACCAUGGAGUCCAGGUGGAAGGACGCCGUGCACAUGAUUGACGGCUGGCGCAAGCGCAUGGUUUCGAGCGGCAAGACGGUCGAUAUCGAGGAUCUCCGCAUGGGCCUUAGGCUCAGCCCUGUUAGGGUCAGGGAUGUUGAGGAGACGGUCAAUGUUGUGCCGCUGCAGAUGAGGCUUUCGUGCGUUCACGAGGAAGAGGAGGAAGAAAGCGGGUAUAAGGGCGAAUAUGAUCACUACGAAAACGGAAACACGCAAAAUAGCCCGAGGGGACUGAGCCUCAUUAAAGAGGAGAGGGAAGAGUCCCCGCGACAACACAGGUCUCCGAGCCCAGCCGAGUCAUUACAUUUAGUCCCCGCGCCGGGCUAUGAGAACGAAGAAAACGAUGAUUUGGAUUCGGAAUCCAGCAUCUUCCAGGACGAGGACGAUAUCGAUAUAAAUGAAUUGGAGCAAGAGGAGCCGAACGUCCAAGUCCUUCAGGAAUCUACAUAUGGAGCAUCGUUGGAUUCACCUCCGCUCCCGAUCCCACCGCAAUUAAGCCCGCUCAAGGACUCGUACUCGUCGGGGAAUAAGGGACCUACCAUGCGCGAGCCCGCGCUCCGUAAGCGGCCGGGAGACUUCACGACUAUUAUCGAAGAGAACACUUGGGAUCUAAUAGUAGAAGAAGAAGAGGAGAAGGGACCUGUUCCGCCGCCUCACGUUAUCAAGCCUCAGUCUCCCCAGCAGAAGAAGGGGACCUCGGCGGGCAAACGCUCUCCGCCGUGGCAGGACACCCGCCCGGGCUCGACUUCCUCGUACGAUAGCCCGCUGUUCGGGAAAUCGGGUGAAAGGCCCUCGCAGACGGAUCCUUCUCGUAAGCUAUUCUCGAAGCCUACGGUGAACCUGGUGCAGCAAAUACAAUCAAAGUCUCAGCCGGAGCCCGGAAGUAGUACGAAUGGACAGGGCUCUGCUAAGUCGUCGUCGAGGAGACCGAAUUCGUCGAGAGACUCGCCGGACCCAUUGACGGCCGAGAUUAAGAGAACGUCGUCGGAUCCGACAAGUCCUGCCGCGCGACAGGAACCCUCGUCUUCUUCCUCCCGCAAACCUGCUACUACCACUGCUCCCCAAUCACCGAGGCCUACGUCCUCAUCUUCUUUGAAGUCUAUGAAGUCUGCAGCCAAUAGUGUAAAGGAGCCGUCGAUACCCCGGCCGCGCUCGCCUCUCCGGACUAACCUGCCCGUGAACUCCCGUCUACCACGACCCAAUAGCAGCGCCAACCCGCCGCAGAGCCCCUUGACCAUGGCCACUAUCGCCGCAAAACUGGCCGCUUCUGAACGCGAGGCUGAUGCCGCUCGCGUAAGAGCUAAGCUAAGAGCCGUACGGAGCGGUGGGACGAGGCGCAACGGCGGGCUUCUUCCGCCUGCCAUCAUAACCUCGAACAAUGGCAAUAGUUCGCCUCCCGAGAAAGAGAGGACAGAAAAAGGGGGGCUAGCAAGCCCAAAGCCAAGGAUCAAGGAGGAAGAUAGGGAAAAGGAGUCCACGGACCCCGUGAAACGUGACAGGGAACCGCCUACACCGAAAUCUGCCCGGAACCAAGAUCGGGCGAACCAACAAAAAGCCGAAGACGAUAACAUCGACGAGCUCGCGGGGUCUCUAGGUGCUAGAGAACAAGAGCAGCAAGACGUCGAAUUAGGCAUGAAAGUGACCAAGCGCAGACGCGACCGCGGCGAACGCCGCACGAGCAAGGUCGCCUCGCGCAGGAGAAGCACGCUGAGUCCUUGGGAACUCGAGACGUUGAUCCAAGGAACGACGAACUGAAACCCGCAGCACGAAAAGAAAAGCUGCCUAGAUUAGAUUCGGAUUACUCUACUCACUGACUGACUCAUUUACAUUCUCAACUAUACGUUACUUAACCUACCUUACGAACCUUACUAUACUACUUAUCUU